CUCAUUACUAUAGCGACAAAGAAGCCAGGUUAAAAAUUUCCACUUUCACAUACGUUUUCAUUGUUUUUCUCAACUUUACAUUCAAAAUGAUACCACCAAAUGCAUCCCUCGUAAAAUAUGACAACCCUGUACUCGUCAGUAGAAAUACAGACAAGAAAACUCCAAGAGCAAGGGCCCUUAAAGUGAGUCCCCAACAGCCAUCUAAUGGAGGCCCAGUGCCAAGUCCACCUCCUGGCAAACAGAAGCUUGCACCAGUAGAUGCCAAGAACUCCCAGCAAACAGAUGAGAUCCUCAACUCUAUCCUUCCACCAAGGGAAUGGACUGAGGCUGGGCAGCUGUGGGUACAACAAGUGUCGAGUACCCCUGCAACCCGUCUAGAUGUUGUUAACCUACAGGAAGAACUUGACCGUAGACUACAACAGAGACAAGCCAGGGAAACAGGAAUCUGUCCAGUCAGGAGAGAACUCUACUCACAAUGCUUUGAUGAACUGAUUCGCCAAGUGACAAUCAACUGUGCAGAACGAGGCUUGCUGUUACUGAGGGUUAGAGAUGAGAUCCGCAUGACCAUAGCUGCCUAUCAGACUUUAUAUGAGAGCAGUGUGGCAUUUGGAAUGAGGAAGGCCCUGCAGGCAGAGCAAGGCAAAGCUGAGAUGGAGCAGAAAAUCGAUGAGCUUGAACAAGACAAAAGAGAUUUAGAGCGUCAGGUAAAUGAACUGAAGGCCAAAUGUGAGCAGAUUGAGAAACGUGCAGCAGAACAACGUCAAGUUGAAGAGAAGAAACACACAGAGGAAAUCCAGUUCUUGAAGAGGACAAACCAACAACUCAAGACUCAGCUUGAAGGCAUCAUAGCUCCCAAGAAGUAGAAACAGAGAACUGGCAAAUAUAAGCGUGAUGAAUCUUCAAACAAAUCUAGAAUAUUUGGAAAACUAUUCAAUGGACAAUCCAAACCUGAUACAUGGAAACUAAGGCCAGAUACACCCGCAUGAACACUGGAAAACAUUAAACCUCUUCACUAUGAAUAAAUGUGCUGUGAUAAGUUAUAAUCAUUAUGCAGAGUAAAGCGAAAACUUUCGAGAUUCAUAAAUAAUCCGUCCAAUUUAUAUAAAGUGUUCUCGAACUUUUUUAUCAUCUAUUUUCCGUCCAAUGUAAGCUGCUCGAUUAAAUAUUUUAAUAUUAUAUAAAUCCAUUGAAUUUUUGUUACAAAAAUGUAAAUAUCAUUUAAAUGUAUAUUGUUGUGUAGUAAUAUAAUAUGUAAAUAUAAACUUUAGGACUUAUGUUUGGUUGAUGGUAAACACUUUCAUUCAUUCAGAAUGCAACAGAUCUUUCCAAUAAA